CGUGAAAUAAAGUAUUUAUCCACAACCCCUCAACGGCCAAAAAGGUCGAAACACACGGAUGCAUUGUCUCAUAAUCAGUUCUAAGUACCCGCUGCAAUUCAACAAAGGGCCACUCCCAUACAUUCUCACAGCUUGUCCAUUAGGUAUAGCUUUCGAUUAGGUUCAUUUGACGUAGGCGCAUUGGCUCUUGCCACGAAGCCUCGGGCUCUUCUGAGCCUCAUGCCAAAAGAAAGCCCACGAGGUGCUUUUCUGGGGGCAACCUCGCCCUGGAGCACCUCCAGAAGUUCGUCUUGCCUAUCUAACCCCAGCAACGAUAACAAUACUCAGAGUGUCUUGAAGCAAACCCAAGGACAGGACCAUGCUGUAACGCAUAGAUACAGACUCAGCUUACACCGCUAUCCCGAAGACUGCCCUCCUUUGAGUGUUAAGUGGUUCUAUGCAGUGGAUACCCCAAAAAGAAAGCCCGGGCUAUCUGAUCGGGACAAAGACAAUCUCAAACUGCCAUCUCCCAAAAAGUUCGUGCAAUUUUCUACCAAAGACUCUCAAGCAAUCGAGACAGCUUUCCAACGAAUAUCGGAUAACGAAUUUAAAAAUGAGCACUUUCGCCAUGAGCAAGCAGACCUUGGUCAGCCACGCGCAUCCACAAAGGUUCCUGUCAACGAAGACUUCUUGUUUGAAGUCAACGUGGAGCAGAGGGAACUUGCGCCAACAUAUUGGGCAGGUCCCAUUUAUGAAGUGCGCCGUGGGACAUGGUUUUUCCAGGAGGGAUCUUCUAUGAAGCCAUGUGAAGAGAACUUAGCAACCCAGCUUGAGGAAGGUUACUUGAAGGUGAAGCCCUGGCGUGGCUUGAAUUCUGAAAACUCUAUACCAGCUUGGAGCACGACAUCACAGAAUCACAACCCGGAUUCUGGUUCUCAUAGUCCCGCCGGAAGCACAAGGCAUGCGAAGCCAAGCAAUGAACCGAGGCAUCAUCGACUGUUCGGCGCUUAUAUGAGCAAUAUAGUCACGUAUCAAGAUGCUUCCACAGCACUGCUGACAAGCGAUGAUUUCAUGUCCCGGGUCAGCACGACUGUGUACCAAAAGCUGGGUGCCGUCGCAGGCACGAAACUCGUACGUGGCUUCAGUGAAGCAAAGAAGCCUAGAGAAUCACCAAGAAAUUGGAUUUCACAAAAGAGCCCAGAGAAUGGAUCCGAACUGCGCACUGCUUCGAAGGGGGACCUCGAAGUAGAUUCUGAGUUGCUGGAUUCAACUGUUUUGAGCCGACCGGUGAACACCGAAAGCCUAGCCGAUACAACAAGGAGGCCUACAAUUGAAGAGCAGAUUAUUGGGGCAGCUGAUCGCUCAGGCAUGGCUGAGCUUGAAGAGCAAGUGCGCAAGCAAGAACAGAAGGAAAUGGAGGCGUCGAGAGAAUCCGAUGAAGAUAGAGAUCGAGAAAUUGAUCAUCUGGUUCUAGUCACUCAUGGGAUCGGCCAACGACUUGGAUUGAGGUUAGAAAGUGUCAAUUUCAUACACGACGUCAAUGUUCUACGCAAAACUAUGAAGAGUGUCUAUCGAGCGUCGCCCGAUCUUCAAGCCUUGAACUCACAAUUCGCUGAUCAACAUGACAAUUGCCGCAUCCAGGUCUUACCUGUAUGUUGGAGACAUAUGCUCGAUUUUCCCUAUCAACGACUAAAACAUAGUCGUAAGGAACUUGACUUAGCCGACGCUGAAACUCCCGAAGACGAAGUACCAGCAUACCCUACCUUGUCUGAUAUCACGCUCGACAAUGUGCCUGCUGUCCGGAGUCUCAUAUCUGAUCUGGCCAUGGAUGUCCUGCUCUAUCAGAGCGCGUAUUGUGAACAGAUUUCUGAAAUAGUGAAAGGGGAAUGUAACAGGAUCUUGCGGCUCUUCAAGGAGAGGAACCCUUCCUUCAAAGGCUCAGUAAGUCUCUGUGGCCAUUCUCUCGGCAGUGCAAUUCUCUUUGAUAUACUUUGUCAUGAACCUCAUGAUGGUGAUCGUCCACCCGCCUCGAUUAAUGACAGCAGAACGGGCUCCCGUCGAGCCACUUCGUUGGACUUCAACUGCCAGGACUUUUUCUGUCUUGGCUCCCCAGUUGCAUUGUUUCAGAUGCUCAAAGGAAAGACUAUAGCUGGGCGACAUGCUCAAAUAUCUACCCUGCAAGAUGAAAGCCCCAUUGAAAAGCCGUCGCAUCACGCUCCCAAUACGAGAUCUUUUGCUCGCUGUCAAACGAGCACUGCGCUUGCUCACAGCGGGUUGUCUGUUUCCUCACCUAAAUGUGGGCAGCUAUACAAUAUCUUUCACCCUUCUGACCCUGUGAGUUAUCGUUUAGAGCCUCUCAUAUCACCGGCGCUGUCAUCGCUUAAGCCACAGCCUUUGCCAUCGGUGAAGAGAAGUCUAUGGGCUACAUCUGGCCAGAGUCUCUCCAUGAUUGGUAGUCGUGUCGGUCAGAGUGUGGGCUCUCUCUGGACGAAUUUUACGUCGGGUGUCGCCAGCAGUCUGCUCAAUCGCAGUCUAGGUUUGAUUCCAGAGGAUGUCUCUACCCAUCCACCCUCCAAUCUCACUGCUGAAGAUGCCCAAUCCCGAUCUUCCGUUGCGGGUACCCCUCACUUGGGUGAAGAUGAAACACGACGACCUACUCUCCUCGACUCUGGCCUGGAAACGCUCUACGGGAAUUCCCGUGGGGUGAAAACCGCGGAAGGGCAGACUCCUCGAACAUCAGACCAUGUUAUUGGAGAUUGUGAGGCAGACAGUGGUUCGAGAAGAAUGUUACUGGAGGAUGCAAAGGUGAGGGCUCUGAAUGCCAAUGGACGAGUCGACUAUAGCAUACAGGAGGGUGCAUUCGACAUAUCUAUGAUUGCGAGUAUUGCCAGCCACCUGAGCUAUUGGGCGGAUGAAGAUGUGAGCCAUUUUAUGCUUUCUCAGAUGCUGUGCAGGAGAGAGCAGUCAAGGAGAAAACAGUCAUGAGAAACUCUAGGUCGGCCAUGACCUACAUUAUCGACGGCGAACCCUAUAGCGUGUGCGCAAUUGUAAUAUUUGGCCAUCUUUGACCAAGAAACGGGAUAGCAGUACGGGGUUACGCGUGUUCCCUAAUCUACUGAAUCGAUUUCUUAUUGGAUUCAUAUAGAGCUGGCCUGUCCGAUUUCGAAAUCCUAUGAGCCUACAUGAACAUAACGAUUCGCAGCGGAUUGCCAUGCUGAAUGAUCGUUCCUGUACUGUAUGCCAUGAUCGUGACGACAGUAUAGUCACAAAUGCAACC